AUUGGAGCAUUAACAAGGUUGCACACCCAUCCCCAGAUCACACAAGCAUCCAUUCCACUGACGCCCCUCAGGAGACGGUGUGGACGUGGUAAUGAAGGGUCAGGGUAGAGCUGGGGUGUCUCUCUUCAUCACGCCUCAAGACUUGAGGAAACGGCUGGGCUGUAGCUGGUGACAGAACCCCAGGCUCUUGGGCUAUUACCUUCAUCUUUGCUCUGACAUGUUCUAGAAAAUGGGCUGGAGGCUGGGGAAUGAGCAGAGUAGCUUCUGGAGAAAGGUCCCCAGCAACUACGUGAUUCUAUGAUAGGAGAGAGAAGCCCAAGCAGGACCAGGACUGGUAUGAAAAUAAUAGAAUUCAAGCCAUAUUCCAAUCUUCUUUCUUUGGGGUGGAACAGAAGUUUUCCAUUUCUUCAGCAGUUUCUGGAAUCUCUCAUUCCCCAGCUUUUGAAAAGCUCCUCUCCCUUCAUUUUCAGAGCUUAUUGGAGGUGUGUCCCUGGCACACACCCUCCUUCGCAGGAACAGGGAGCGUGAGGUGGAGACAGGACAGGUUGGGACGCACAAGGUCCAGUUUAGUGUGUGUCCCAGGCCAGUCCCUUCAUUGAGCCCAAAUCCUCAUCUCCCCCUGGCAGUGGGGCUCAGCGCAGCUGGGCAAAGAACUGCUAGGCUGCUGGGACCCAUCAGACUGAACCCUGUGCUGGAGAUUAUCUCCCAAGCAGAUACCCUCCUCCGAACCCAGGAUGUAGGGCUUUGAAACUAGAAAAUGCCAGGUCUGAAAGAGAGGAAAGAACAAGUCCAGCAACACACAGAGCUCUGUGUAUUCAGAGAGAACUUGGCAGGGUUGUGUUCGGGCAGAGAAACUCCGAGUGGUACAAAGGGACGUGCCCAGAGUGGAGAAAUCAUGCUAAUUGUGUGCACCAGAGCUGGAGAACGCCACCCAAAAUGAAGAGAGAAAGGGAAGCUCUGUCCAGAGCCUUCAGUGCCCUGCGCCUCACUCCUUUUCUCUACCUGCUUCUGAUCCAGACAGAGCCCCUGGAGGGGGUGAACAUCACCAGCCCGGUGCGCCUGAUCCAUGGCACAGUGGGGAAGGCGGCCCUGCUUUCCGUGCAGUACAGCAGCACCAGCAGUGACAAACCCGUUGUCAAGUGGCAGCUGAAGCGGGACAAGCCAGUGACCGUGGUUCAGUCCAUCGGCACAGAGGUCAUUGGUACCCUGCGGCCCGACUAUCGAGACCGCAUCCGCCUCUUUGAAAACGGCUCCCUGCUUCUCAGCGACCUGCAGCUGGCCGACGAGGGCACCUAUGAGGUUGAGAUCUCUAUCACUGAUGACACCUUCACUGGGGAGAAGACCAUCAACCUCACUGUAGAUGUGCCCAUUUCGAGGCCCCAGGUGUUAGUGGCUUCGACCACGGUGCUGGAGCUCAGCGAGGCCUUUACCCUGAACUGCUCGCACGAGAAUGGCACCAAGCCCAGCUACACAUGGCUGAAGGACGGCAAGCCCCUCCUCAACGACUCGCGGAUGCUCCUGUCCCCCGACCAAAAGGUGCUCACCAUCACCCGCGUGCUCAUGGAGGACGACGACCUGUACAGCUGUGUGGUGGAGAACCCCAUCAGCCAGGGCCGCAGCCUGCCCGUCAAGAUCACCGUGUACAGAAGAAGCUCCCUCUACAUAAUCUUGUCCACAGGAGGCAUCUUCCUCCUCGUGACCCUGGUGACAGUCUGUGCCUGCUGGAAACCCUCCAAAAAGUCUGGGAAGAAGAGGAAGCUGGAGAAGCAAAACUCCCUGGAAUAUAUGGAUCAGAAUGAUGACCGCCUGAAAGCAGAAGGUGAGCUCCCAGCCACGCACUCACCCGUCCCAUCUUCACUCAGAUCAGUGAGCUGCUGGGAAAAGGCUGAAAUGGGCGACAAGGAAGCCAGCUCUGCAGGGCCCCUUCCUCCAUCAACUGCACGAAGACUGCAGAGCAGGGAGAGGAGCGGCCAAGCAGACACCCUCCCGCGAAGUGGAGAGCAGGAGCGGAAGAACCCCAUGGCACUCUACAUCCUGAAGGACAAGGACUCCCCGGAGCCCGAGGAGAACCCCGCGCCGGAGCCUCGGAGCGCGACGGAGCCCGGCCCGCCCGGCUACUCUGUGUCGCCGGCCGUGCCGGGCCGCUCGCCGGGGCUGCCCAGCCGCUCUGCCCGCCGCUACCCGCGCUCUCCAGCGCGCUCCCCCGCCACGGGCCGGACGCACACGUCGCCGCCCCGGGCCCCGAGUUCUCCCGGCCGCUCGCGCAGCGCCUCGCGCACACUGCGGACUGCGGGCGGCGUGCACCUGGUCCGCGAGCAAGACGAGGCCGGCCCGGUGGAGAUCAGCGCCUGA